CGAUUCGACCCGUGGCCCCACCUCCGAAGUGCGCGGAGCAUCGCCGCUUUAAGAGACCGGCCUUUUGUCUCCCUGACCUCGUCCCGCCCCUCUGAAGGCUUCAUUGCGCGUGCGUCUGGAGCUUGAGCUCUGGGGUUGGGCAGGACCUGAUUCCGUGCAACUUUCAAGUGAGUUACAAACUCCGCCCCGGAGACCGGUGCAGGUGGUCGGGCGCUCUUGGACCCCGGCGGUCCGUGAGAGCGGAGGUCCGGACCUGCCACCCGGACCCGAGACUCACAGCGAAGCCCUAGACGGGUUGACGAACGGUUCUCUGCGGCAGGGAUUGUGGGACUGAGCCGCCAGGAUUCGGCGGCGCGGGGCGGAGGAACGCGCUCGCCUGCCCGCCUCGGUCCUAAGGCGGCUUCCUCUGCGAGGCCCUCUGUCCACUGGUUCCGGGUUUUCCCGGCUCUCCGCACUGCAGGGUCGGAGUCAGGAGGGGUGAUCUCCACCUCCACCGAGGGACAGGUGUACUGCAGCACCACUCGUCACCCUAUCCCCGCUCCUGAGUGAGCGUCCCUGCGGUUGUCUCUUGAGAUCAUCCCUUAGACUGUCAGGAUGGUGUCUUGGAUGAUCUGUCGCCUGGUGGUGCUAAUAUUUGGCAUGCUGUAUCCUGCAUAUGCGUCCUACAAGGCUGUGAAGAGCAAGAACAUCCGAGAAUAUGUCCGGUGGAUGAUGUAUUGGAUUGUCUUUGCGAUCUUCAUGGCAGCGGAAACCUUCACGGACAUCUUCAUCUCCUGGUUCCCGUUUUAUUAUGAGAUCAAGAUGGCCUUCGUGCUGUGGCUGCUGUCACCUUACACCAAGGGGGCCAGCCUGCUUUACAGAAAGUUUGUCCACCCGUCCCUAUCCCGCCACGAGAAGGAGAUCGACGCAUGCAUUGUGCAGGCAAAGGAGCGCAGCUACGAAACCAUGCUCAGUUUCGGGAAGCGGAGCCUCAACAUGGCUGCCUCGGCCGCUGUGCAGGCUGCUACCAAGAGUCAAGGUGCCCUAGCUGGAAGGCUGAGGAGCUUCUCUAUGCAAGACCUGCGCUCUAUCCCUGACACCUCUGCCCCCACCUACCAAGAUCCCCUCUACCUGGAAGACCAGGCACCCCGGCGGAGACCCCCUAUCGGAUACCGGCCAGGCGGCCUGCAAGACAGUGACACAGAGGACGAGUGUUGGUCAGACAAUGAGAUAGCCCCCCAGCCACCUGUUCGGCCCCGAGAGAAGCCUCUGAGUCGCAGCCAGAGCCUCCGUGUGGUCAAGAGGAAGCCAUUAGUUCGAGAGGGCACCUCACGCUCCUUGAAGGUCCGAACCCGGAAAAAGACCAUUCCCUCUGACCUGGACAGCUAGAAUCUGCAGAUUCAGGCCACCUUACCUCCGGAGCCAGCAGGGGACCUUUCUCUGCUCCUUCUGGCUUCUGCCUAAGGCUGUGCCUAAGGGGCACAUGGUGUGCUACCCUCCAGGGGGUACACCCACAGUAUACCAAAGCAGGCCAGGCCCAGGGUUAUUUAUUGCCUUCCUCUGCCUUUUACUUUCCCAGACAGGGAACCAGAGCCCCACCAGUCCCUACAGACAAAACCAAAAGUCCAACCAGCUGUGUUCAUUCCUUCUUGUCCUCCAAAAUACUUGACAGCCUUUUCCAAGGCCUGGUGUGUGUCCAUGUGUGUGUGUGCGCAGGUGUGUCCUAGCUGAGUGUUUUGUGGUGGUGAGUGAGGUCAGGCUUGUGAAUAUUUUUAUAAAUAAAUACCAGUGUUUGGCCUCUCCUGA